UGAUUGGUCGAUUGCAAAUCCCGAACGUUGUGACUGGUUCGCGGAAACGUCUCGGAGCGCGCGCGGGAGCGGAUGCCAGCCGGUACCUCCAUGGUCGCGAUGGCGCUGCAGGAUCUUGGAAGAGACCUGCAGCCUUGGUGUCCGCUGGAUCUCAGCGUCGACUGGGUGAACACAGUGUGGGAACUGGACUUCACGGAGACUGAGCCUUUGGAUCCCAGGAUAGUAGCAGAGAUCCUAGAGACUGGAACAGAUGCAUUCACCAAACUCUAUGGAAGCCUUUUCCCCUUUGCUACUGAUGAAAAUGGAUCUUUAGAGAGCAUCUGGACCUUCUUCAUUGAGAAUAAUAUUUCCAGUAAUACACUGGUGGCAUUGCUCUGUCACUUUGUCCAGGAAGCACAUAAAAAAGAUGCCAGUGCACAGUAUCGAGAAUGUGGUCUUCUUGCUGCUGGACUCUAUUUUUUGCUACUAGAAGUACCAGGCAGCAUAGUCAAUCAAGUGUUCCACCCAGUGAUGUUCGACAAAUGCAUUCAGAUCCUGAAGAAGAGCUGGCCUCAAGACUCCAACUUGAAUCAGAAAAGAAAAAAGGAACAACCCAGGGGUUCUAAGGUUAACCAUAGGAGGGGCAGAAAAAGAGGAAAACCGCCAAGGAAGGAGGAUUACGAGGUAUAUGACUUGUCAGAAGAGGAAGAAGAGGAGAUGUAUUUUUCUGCCCGGGACCUUUCUCAAAUACGAAAUGCCAUAUUUCAUCUUCUAAAGAGUUUUUUAAGGCUCCUGCCCAAGUUCUCCCUUAAAGAAAAGCCACAGUCUAUUCAGACUUGUAUAGAGGUGUUUGUUGCGCUAACUAACUUUGAGCCAGUUCCUCAUAAAUUUGUGGUUUCACAAGCCAGGAACCUUAAUGAAGCAAAGCACAUAUCAGAGCUGGCCUACUACGGACUGUACUUGCUGUGCUCACCACUCCACGGAGAAGGAACUAAGGUUAUUGGUUCUAUUUUCCAUCAAAUGCUGAAUAUAAUAUUGAUGUUAGAAGCAGGGAAAAGGUCCCAUUGUGCCCCCCUUACCAUAACCUCACACGCCAUCAAUUGUAGGAACCAGGCAGUCCAAUUUAUCAGCUCACUUGUGGAUGAACUGCGGGAGACUGUAUUUCCAGUACUUGGUACUUUACUGCAGCAUAUCUGUGCCCAGGUGGUAGAUAAAGCCGAGUAUCGGACCUAUGCAGCCCAGUCCCUGGUCCAGCUGCUUAGUCGGCUUCCCUCUGUGGAGUACGCUUCGUUCCUUGCCUGGCUUUACAAAUACUCACGAAGUUGCAAGAUUCCACACCGGGUUUUCACCCUUGACGUUGCUUUAGCUCUCUUAGAGCUGCCUGAAAGAGAGGUGGACGACACAGUAUUCCUGGAGCAUCAGAAGUUCCUAAAGCAUAAGUUCAUUGUGCAAGAGAUUAUACUUGAUCGUUGCUUAGACAAGGCGCCGACUGUGCGCAGCAAGGCACUGUCCAGCUUUGCACAUUGCCUGGAGUUGCCCUCUAACAACACGUCAACAGUCUUCAUUAACAGUGAGUGGGAGGGGCUAGAGGCAUGGCUCGGAGCUUACCUGCUUGCUGUGUGGACGGCUGUCAGCUGCUUCCCUCCAGCCUCGUCCCCUGGUAUCCUGGGCAGCAGCUUGAGCUUGUCUCUGCCAUGUUCACUGAUGUUCACCAAGGGCAACCUGGGCAGAGAGCUAGGUAUUUUCUUGCCCUGGCUGGGAAAGGAGCUCGGUGGCAGCGAGCAGUUUAUACAAUGUAGUCCAAAGCACUUCGCUAGCCAACAGUUGUGCCCGGUGUUUCUCAAGGCUGUGACUCUUUGGUGUCGGUCAACAGAGAGAAGCUUCAUGACAGUGCUGAGAAAAAGAACCAAGGACGAGAAGACCAAUGUCAGGAAGUCUGCACUCCAGGUGUUGAUGAAUAUUUUGAAACACUGUGACAUCUUGGGCAUGGAGGAGGACCUGUUGAUCCUGCAGGACCAUUGCCGAGACCCUGCCAUCUCUGUGCGGAAGCAAGCCUUACAGUCCCUCACGGAGCUUGUUGUGGCCCAACCUACAUGUGUCCCAGUCCAGAAAGCCUGGUUGAUGGGAGUCAUCCCAGUGGUGAUGGACUGUGAGACCACGGUGCAAGAGAAGGCCUUGGAGUGCCUGGACCAGCUCCUGUUGCAGAACAUUAAGCACCACAAGAAAUUUCACAGUGAGGACAGAAGCCAGGUGCUUGCUUGGGCCCUACUUGCUCUCCUCACCAUAGAAAGCCAGGAUCUGAGCCGCUAUUUAAAUAAGGCUUUUCAUAUCUGGUCCAAGAAAGAUAAAUUCUCAUCCGCUUUUAUAAACAGUGUGAUAUCCCACACUGACACAGAGCGUUCUGCACCAGCCUGGAUGCUGCUCUCCAAGAUCACCUGCUCAUCACCCAAGCUGGACUACACCAAGAUAAUGGAGUCUUGGGAGAGGCUCAGCAGAGAGCAAUCUCCCAAUCCGAACACCUUAGGCUAUAUGCUGUGUGUCAUUGGGCAGAUUGCAAAGCACCUUCCCAGGAGCACCCGGGACAGAAUAACCGGUGUUGUCAAGGGCAAGCUGACUGGAUUUCAGUGGUCUCUAGAGUUGAUCAGUUCAUCUGUUGACACCUUGCAAGGGCUUUGCAGAGCAUCUGCAAAGACGCUGCUGGAAGAGCAGGAACUGCUGAAGCAGGUGUGUGCAGACGUGCUCUCCACAUGCGAGCACCACCUGUCUAACGUCCUUCUGAAGGAAAACGGGCCUGGGAACAUGGACGAAGACCUGGUGGUGAAAUAUAUUUUCACCAUAGGAGAUAUAGCCCAGUUAUGUCCAGCCAUAGUAGAGAAGCGAAUCUUCCUUCUAAUCCAGUCUAUCCUGGCUUCUUCUGCUCACGCGGAUCAGUUACCAUCAUCUCAGGGGACCACAGAUAACCUGGCCAGUGAGCUGCCUUUCCAAGUCAGAAGCUCCGCCAUGCCUUCCGUGAUCAGAGCACAUGCCAUCAUCACUUUAGGUAAACUGUGCUUACAACAUGAAGACCUUGCAAAGAAAAGCAUCCCGGCCCUUGUACGAGAACUCGAAGUGUGUGAGGACGUGGCUGUCCGCAACAACGUCAUCAUUGUGAUGUGCGAUCUCUGUAUCCGGUACACUGUCAUGGUGGACAAUUAUAUUCCCAAUAUUUCCAUUUGUCUGAAGGAUUCCGAUCCGUUUAUCCGAAAGCAGACACUGAUCUUGCUUACCAACCUCUUACAGGAAGAAUAUGUGAAGUGGAAGGGCUCUCUGUUCUUUCGAUUUGUCAGCACUCUGGUAGAUUCACACCCAGAGAUUGCCAGCCUUGGGGAGUUCUGCCUGGCCCACGUGCUGCUGAAGAGGAGUCCCAGCGUGUUUUCCCAGCACUUCAUUGAGUGUAUAUUCCACUUCAACAGCUACGAGAAGCACGAGCAGUAUAACAGGUUCUCCCAGUCGGAGAGAGGGAAACAGCUGUUUCUGCUAAAGGGAAAGACAAACAAGGAGAAGCGAAUGAGAAUCUAUAAGUUUCUUCUUGAGCACUUUACAGAUGAGCAGCGAUUCAAUGUCACUUCCAAAAUCUGCCUUAGUAUUCUGGCAUGCUUCACUGAUGGUGUCCUGCCCCUGGACAUGGAAGCCAGCGAGUUGCUCUCAGAUACCUUUGACGUCCUCAGCUCUAAGGAGAUCAAGCUCUUGGCAAUGAGAGCACAGACGUGCAAGGACCUCCUGGAGGAAGAUGAUAUGGCUCUGGCAAAUGUGGUCAUGCAGGAAGCCCAGAUGAAGAUCAUCUCACAGGUUCAAAAGAGGAACUUCAUAGAGAACAUUAUUCCAAUCAUCAUCUCCCUGAAGACUGUACUGGAGAAAAAUAAGAUCCCUGCUUUGCGGGAGCUCAUGAACUACCUCAGGGAGGUGAUGCAGGACUACCGAGAUGAAAUCAAGGACUUCUUUGCGGUUGACAAGCAGCUGGCUGCUGAACUGGAGUAUGAUAUGAAGAAAUACACUGAGCAGCUGGCCCAGGAGCAAGCGCUGGCGGGACAUGCAGACGUCACCAAAACACCUGAAGGCGGUGACAGAGCGCAGGCGGUGCAGGUCGCUGCUGACUUACAAGCUGGACUGGCUGCUGCUGCUGCCGCUGCCACCGCCACCACCGCAACUGCCAGCCAGGAAAACGCUGCUGUGUCUCCAGCCAAGAGCAGGCCCUUAGCACCUGGGUCCAGCUUCACAGCAGCUUUGCCGCCCAUAUCCGAAAAUGGGCCCCUGAAGAUAAUGCCCAAUGCCAGGUCCAUGUCCCUGAGUACCAUCGCAAUCCUGAAUUCCGUCAAGAAAGCAGUGGAGUCGAAGAGCAGGAAUCACCGUCGUAGUUUAGGAGCUUUGCCUUUCAAUGUAGACACUGGAAGCCCAGAAAAACCCUGCAGCCAUGCAUCUUCCUUAAGCUUGGACCAAGAGUCUGAUAGACCUGUCAAAUCUGUAACUAAUCGGGCAAUCAGCACCCCAGAGAAGUCCAUCAGUGACAUCACAUUUGGAGCUGGGGUCAGUUACAUCGGGACACCAUCAACUCUGUCUUUUAAGAAAGAGAAAAUUGGAGCCCAGGAUGAGGAAAGGGACAUUUUAUGUUUAUCGCUGCCUGAUAAAUCGCCUCCACAGUCUCCACAGUGGAAUGUAAAGUCUCUAGCCGGGAACAAGGGCAACCCAAGGUCCAGCAGGAGGACACUUCGCAAGGCCCCUCUGAAGACAGCCAACUGA